CUUUCAAGUGAUUUGAUUACAUCCUUACAGAUAAUCUAAUCAGUGUCGUAAAGGUUACUUACGGUGGAGAAGCCUGAAAGAGCAAGUAGUAGAACCACCAGCAGUUGUAUUGUUUCAGGAAAUGAAGAUUUAAUGAUCAACAUACUUUCUCGGCUAACUGUGAAGGCACUCUCAAGAUUCAAGUGCGUCAGCAAACAAUGGAACAUGUUGAUAUCUGAUCCUUAUUUUGUUAGUUCACACCAAGCUCGAGCAGCCCAAGAUCCCAACAUUCUCAAAGUGCUUUGGGUAGAUCAUCGGGAUGGGUCGAUUGGGGUUUGUUCAAUCAGGGAAAAGGAAGAGAGGAUAGUUACCGUUGAUUUGAUUCGGCCAAAUUAUCCCGAUGCAUUCCUCCUGCAAGGUGGUGUUAUAAUGGAAGGCCGUCCUUGUAAUGGGCUGAUUUGCCUUGCUGCUGGUUAUGCGGAUGACAGUUUGGUUUGUAACCCAGCAACAGGAAACACUAUGGUAAUCCAGAGAGGCAAUAAGAGAAAAUAUACUUAUGUUCAGGGACUUGGGUAUUGUUCAUCACGCAAUGAAUUCAAAGUAGUACGCCUAUGUGACAGGCUGGAACUUGAUAAGAAUAUCCCCGAGAACAACCACUGGUAUGGGUGUGAGAUAUUUACUGUAGGUCAAAAAGGCGCCCAGGGAACAAAUCUUCCGCUACACUCACUUUCAUGGAGAUAUGUAGGGGAUCUACCUUUAUGAAAUUGUUAGUCCACUAUGCAGGACCAUGUGUUAUGUAAAUGGGAGUGCCCACUGGAUGAUUGGGUUUGGAAACUCG